UGAAUAUUUCCCGCGAAAAUAAUGCGCCACUCCCCGUGGGCAGAAAAUCAUGGCCGCCCAAAAUAAAGUGGAAAGUGACGCAGACCAAAUGCCGGCCGCAGCUGAUCCCAACGCGGAGCAGAAGGAGCGCCUCAUCGCUGCUGUCAAGAAGGAAGUCAAGCAUUUGAUGGAGGAGGCUGUUACCCGCAAGUUCGUUCACGAGGACAGUGGUGGUGUCACCGCAUUAUGUGGUGCUGUUGAAGCAUGCCUUGGACAAGGCCUAAGGAGGCGAGCACUUGGGCUCUUCAAAACGAGUUCCACGACUGCUCUACUUCAUAAAAUUGCCAAGCACUGUCCGGAAGCAGCACUGGUAUCUGCACGGGUAUUGGCUGCUGAGGGAGCACCAGCGACGCGUUCUGCGUCAGGUGUAGAGAGACGACCUUCUGCACCGCGGCCGCCUCUCAGCAAAAGGGGGUCAGGGUCACUAUUAUCACAGGCGCCUCCACAGUCCAGAUAUCUAUGGAUCCGCAUAGCUCUAUUCGAGCGGCAACUCGCAAAGAUAAUUGAGCACUUAGUGAACAAUGCUACGAGGUACUAUGAACGGGAUGCCUUGGUCGCCGAUCCAGACUACGGCAGCAUCCUUAGCUCGUUACUCGUCGGCCCCUGCGCGCUAGAGUAUUCGAAGGCCAAAGCACCGGCUUGCUUCUGGACCGAUCCGCCGGCUGACGAAUUGGUGCAAAGACAUCGCAUGUCAGCCGGGACGACCACUCCGCCGUCUGUUCGAAGACCGAUCCUCAACUUUAGGAGGAGUUUGAAUGCUUCCUCUGAUGACAGUGUCACUACAAACUCAGGUACCGGAAAAACGGGUGGAUCAAGUGCCAAAGAUUAUGUUGAAAGUUUACAUCAGAAUUCAACAGCUACUCUACUUUAUGGGAAGAAUAAUGUACGAGUGCAACCGAAAGAUGUAGAGGAAUCGAUGCCUGGCUACCUCAGCCUGCACCAGACGGCUGCAGGUCUCGUAAUAAAGUGGACACCUAAUCAGCUUAUGAAUGGAUAUGCUGAAAGCGAAGGAAUAGACAAAAGCAUUGCUCCCGUUUGCACCGUAUACAGAAGGCUCUGUUCUGGACCCCUCUGUAUAGACUGUGUAUACUGGGCGAUGUCGCUGCAGGUGUGCGUAUGGGAGGUGGUGUAUGUACACGUUCACCGUUCGCAAGCGAGUGAUGCUCUCAUACUUGUCGGCCAAGAUGGCGUACAACGACCACCUAUACAAUUUCCAAAAGGUGGUCAUCUGUUGUCGUUCUUGAGUAAUCUAGAAACUGGGUUACUACCUCAUGGUCAAUUAGACCCACCAUUGUGGUCACAAAGAGGAACAGGCAAGGUUUUCGGUCGUGGUAAAAUUCGGAGACGCCCAAUGCCGAGUCUCUGUGAGAGCGGGGAGACCGAGGAAGCCGAGUGGGAGGAAGCUGCCGGAGAUUAUGUUUUCCGUAUAGUCAACAAUGCUAUUACAGAUAGAGAAGCAAUGCGUCGUUCUCUCUUGGAGCGGUCGAUACAGUCGCCGCCGCGUACUCCACGCCGCCCGCUCGCAUCCACUUCUACCACAUCAUCGGACUCGUCCACAAUGUCUGUGGACUGUCCACCUUCGGCUGGAUUCAAUGGACACCCUCCACAGAUCCUGCCACCGUCUGUACAGUACAACGAGGAGCCUGCGUCAAUUGAGUUAGUUUGCAGCACGAUGCGUCGUCAGAUCAUAUCGCGCGCGUUUUACGGCUGGCUUGCAUACUGUCGACAUUUGUCUACGGUUCGAACACAUCUAAGUGGUUUAGUGCAUCCAAAUAUCGUCCCUAGAGAAGGGACAGAGUCUGGUCUAUCGGAAGAACUUUGGCGAUCUAUGACGGAUAACAAAGGUGUUGUAAGUGACAAAGACGAAGUGUACCGACAAGUAUAUUACCACGGAGUACAACACGAUAUAAGGCGUGAAGUGUGGCCUUAUUUGCUGGGAUAUUAUGAAUUCGGAUCAACAGAAGAGGAACGUAUGGAACAAGAUGCUGCGUGUCGUCGUCAGUAUGAAACUACAAUGUCAGAGUGGUUGUGUGUAGAGGCGAUAGUGAGGCAAAGGGAUCGUGAAGCAACUGCUGCGUCUAUAGCACGUCUAUCUGAAGCUUCUGGCAGAUUAAAGCCUGUGGAGAAUACAGAACCUUGUGAGGUGUUUGAAGAUGACUAUAGCGUCAUAUCAGACAAUCCUCCAGUCGUCUCACCAGAACCAAGUGAAAAUGAACAAAAGCGACUGGACAACAAACCAGUUCUGUCUCGAGCACCUAGUAUAGAUGAAGUAGAUAACAUAGAGCUGGAUUCUGAAGGAAAGGAGAAAGACAUUAAAGUUAACGGAGAGACUGAGACCGGUGAUAAUAGAGAUUUAGAUAUAGACAGUCUUAAAGACUUAGAUGAUGACGAGGAAGUGCAUGUUAAGAGUUUAGUAGAAAACCCAGAUUUAAGAAGAGAAAGUAUAGCGGAGAUUAAAAGAAUAGCGGAAGAUAUGGUACAAAAAGGUGAUGGAAGGGGAUUGUUGUGUAGUGUUGAUAGUGCGAAUGUUAAUAUAAAUGGAAGUGAUCUGAGGUCAUCACUAGAUGAGAACCAACCGAGUCAACAGCAACCGAGUUCGCAGCAACAUACUAGUGUCAUUAUAACUAAUCCAUCCGUGGAUUUGGCUGCGUCUGGGUCUCCGGCCUCUGGGGGAACUACGGCAAAUGUGAGUCCAGCCCGAAGUCCGCUGGGUGUCGUGAGAGAAGAAUCUCACUCUGCGGGUGCAUCGUUCGAUACUUUAGAACCGAGUAAUGAUCCGCGCCCAGAUAAUCGUUCUAAUUGUGUAUCACCUGCUAGCUCCAAUGGUGGAGUUUACUCGAAUGAGCUAGUGGAAAGCUUUGCUUUAAACCUACAUCGCAUAGAGAAGGAUGUGCAGAGGUGCGACAGGAACUACCCGUUCUUCACUGAUGAUAACCUUGACAAACUUAGGAACAUAAUGUGCACGUUUGUAUGGGAGCACCUAGAUACAGGUUAUAUGCAAGGCAUGUGUGACCUGGCGGCGCCACUGCUGGUGAUGAUGCGUGAAGAAGCGGUCGCGCAUGCGCUGUUCGCCCGAUUGAUGGAGCGCGCCAAAGACAACUUUCCAUCCGGGCAGGCUAUGGAUGCUCACUUUGCUGAUAUGAGGUCCCUGAUUCAAAUACUGGACUGCGAAUUGUACGAGUUGAUGCACGCGCAUGGCGACUACACACAUUUCUACUUCUGCUAUCGCUGGUUCCUGCUAGACUUCAAACGGGAGUUGUUGUAUCAAGAUGUAUUCUCAGCGUGGGAGCUGAUUUGGGCGGCGCGCCACGUUGCAUCUGAACACAUGGUGCUGUUCAUGGCUCUCGCUCUCCUCGAGACCUACCGUGACGUCAUCCUCGCAAACUCUAUGGACUUCACGGAUAUCAUUAAAUUUUUCAAUGAAAUGGCUGAGCGUCACGAUGCAUCUGCCGUGCUAUCUCUCGCUAGAGAUCUCGUGUUGCAAGUUCAAACCUUAAUAGAGAACAAAUAAUGAUCAUUUUAAAAUAAUAGAUAUAUUUUAAUCUAUGAAAAUGACAAUCAUCUAGGUAUAUAGUUCGUAGGAAGGAUGAUUUCGAUGUCGAAUAAUGAAGCAUAAUUAGUCAGGCGUAGCUGUGUGCGUUUAUCUUCAAACAUAUACAAA